AUGAUGUCUGAUAAUCAUUUCAAACAGCAAUCACCUCCUCCAGCUGCUGGAGGCAGAAGUAAGAGAUGGGAUCAAGACGAUUCUGUUCAAACAUAUAAUCAGGAAAAGGAUGGCACUCGCGAUCCCGCCCGAGACAGACAUAGAGAUAACAGAGAUAACAGAGACAGUAGAGAUAAUAGAGAUAAUAGAGAUAAUAGAGAUAAUAGAUAUAGGGAUAGAGAUAAUAGAGAUAAUAGAGAGAGGCCAAGGGACAAGGAGAGAGAGGUAGAGAAGGAUAAGAAUGGUGGUGGUGGCCCUGUAAGAGAUACAAGGGAUAGAGAUAAUAUAAAAGGUGGCGGCGCAACAGAUAGAGAUGUCAGAGGUAGUGGAGGUAGUAGAGACAGAAAGAGAGAUAGCAGCGAUGAUAGGACAAGAGAGAGAGAUGAGGAUAAUAAGAGACUUAGGGAGCUGCAGACCAUUGACAAUGGAAGGAAGGACAGGAGACAUCAGGACAGAGAUGAUGACGAAGGCGAAUAUGGCAAGAAGGACAAUGGAAAUGGCAAUGGCAAUGGCGAGAAGAAGGAGAGGAAGGAGAAGGAGAAGCCAGACUUCAAACCAUCGGGCGUUCUAAAGACUGACCAGGUGGCAAGGACAAGCGAUGGCAAGGUGAUGAAGUGGCAGGAGCCUCCCGAGGCCAAGAUCCCACACGACAAUUGGAUACUCUACCCAUUCAAGGAUGGCAAGUCACUCGAUCCCUACUACCUACACAAGAAGAAGUCGUUCCUGAUUGGUCGUGACAGAACCCUAUGUGACAUCCCAUCUGAGCAUCCCUCCUGCUCGUCCCAACAUGCUGUAAUCGUCCAUCGUCUCGUCAGAAAGAAGAGCAACAAUGAUGACGAUGACAGGAAACAACAAGUCAUCAAACCAUAUAUAAUAGACUUGGACAGUACCAAUGGAACUAUAUUGAACGAUAAGAAGAUAGAGACAUGUGUCUUUGUUGAGCUACGCUCAAAGGAUCACAUCAGAUUUGCAUCCAGUACCAGAGAAUAUGUACUGAUUCAAGAGGAGGACUUUGAUGACGAUGACGACGAUUCAUCAGAUGAUUGA